AUGCAGUGCCAGGAUCAUGCCUGUGGGGCUCUGGAGACAUGCAGCGUUGUGGAUGGCGUCCGAGGCUGUUACCCUGUGACGUUCGGCACUUGCUGGGUGUUCGGCUACUCCCACCACACCACGUUUGAUGGAGUCACGUUUGAUUAUCAAGGAGCCUGCAAGUACACCCUGAGCAAGUACUGUGGCCCCCCUGGGAACCUCCCAGACUUCGCUGUCAACGUGAAGAAUGAGCACAAAGGAUCCAUCGCGGUGUCCUGGACGCGCCUGGUGGAGCUAGAUGUCUAUGGAGAGCAUAUCACUAUAGUGGCGGGACAGUAUGGUCAAGUGCAGGUGAACGGAUCCCUGGUCAAUCUGCCCAUGGUCCUUGCAUCAGGCAAACUCUACGCCUAUUUCAGCGGCUCGUCUGCUGUGCUCCAGACGGAUUUUGGCCUCUCUGUGUCCUACGACUGGUCCCACUCUGUGUCGGUUUCUGUUUCUGAGAUCUAUUUUGGGUCACUGUGUGGACUCGGUGGGGAUUUCAAUGGGAACCAGAGCGAUGAUUUCCGGACCCCAAACGGUUCUGUGGUUCCUGAUGCUGUCCCCUUUGGCAACAGCUGGAAGGAUGCUGACUCCCCUUUUCACUGCACGGCUGUUGGGCUCCCAGCCCAAUGUAAUGAAGUGGAACUAGCCCAGUACAGAUCUCAGCGCUACUGCGGGGUCAUUGCAGACACUGCUGGGCCUUUUAAAGCGUGUAACCAGGCGGCUGCUGCUCAGAUCCACUUGGAGAACUGCGUGAGGGAUGUGUGUGUGACUCGGGGCAGCCGCGAGACCCUGUGUCAAGUGCUUCGCAGUUAUGCCCAGCGGUGCCAAAGUCGUGGCAUUGCCAUUGAGCCAUGGAGACAGCGGGCUGCGUGCGAGUUAACCUGCCCCGCCAACAGCCACUAUGAGCUCUGUGGACCUUCCUGCCCGGCCUCUUGUGCCCACCCAGCUGUGCCCUCCCGCUGCUGGACUGCGUGUGAAGAAGGGUGCCAGUGUGACCCUGGCUUUGUGCUGAGUGGCACCGACUGUGUGCCUCGGGAGCAAUGCGGCUGUACCCACAAUGGCAGAUACCACCUGGCAGGGGAAAGCUUCUGGGAAGGAGAAAAUUGCCAGAGACUGUGCAGAUGUGACGGCUCCUCCCACGCUGUCCAGUGCUCCCGCUCUGCCUGUGCCCCGGGGGAAUUCUGUGGCACUCGAAAGGGGGUUUAUGGAUGCCACGAACGAACCAACGGCAUCUGCUGGGCUUCUGGGCUGCCCCAUUACACUACGUUUGAUGGGAAGCGAUACAAUUCCCAGGGCACCUGCAGAUAUGUCUUUGCUGAACUGUGUGGGGCAUCCCAGUCCUUACCCUUCUUCAGAGUGGAAGUGAAGAACGGAAACCUGCCCCGUGUUCCUGUGGCUGUGACCUCGGAGGUGUUUGUCCUUGUGAACAGGACUGAGAUCCAUCUGCAGAGAGGGCAGCACGGGACAGUCAAGAUUGAUGGGGUGACUCUGACUCUCCCGGUGCGUCUCCAGAGAAGAGGAAUCGUCGUUUAUCGGGAUGGGUUUCAUACCAUUGUGCAAGCCGACUCUGGGCUGAGCGUGAGCUACGACCUGGCCCACAGCCUCUUUGUCAACCUCCCCCUUGAGUACCGAGGCCACACCUGUGGGCUGUGCGUGAACCUCAAUGGAGCGGCUGAGGAUGAUUUUGUGAUGCAGAAUGUCUCCGAGGGGAAGGAUGCCUUCCACUUGGCUUUGGCUGGGAAGUCGGAGGAUGUCCCUGGCUGUGACGACGGCUGCCCUGAUUCCUGCCCUUUGUGUGAAGAGGAGGAAAGUCUGGUGCAGUCCAAGUCCCGGUGCUGGGUGAUCCAGGACCCUGAUGGGCCGUUCUCCGCUUGCCACUCCCAGAUUGACCCAGGCCACUAUCUGUCUGAUUGCAUCUUUGACCUGUGUGUGUCAGGAGGGGAGAGCAGUGCCCUCUGCGAGUCCAUUCAGACAUAUGCAGCCGCCUGCCAGCGAGCGAAUGUCUCCAUCUCACCUUGGAGGAAUGAGUCUUUCUGUGACCCUGGGUGCCCAGUGAAUAGCCACUACAAGCGGUGUGAGCGUCCCUGCCAGGACCUGUGUGCCAGCUCCUGGCCUCCGCAUCUGUGCAGCUCCCUGGGCUCUGAAGGGUGUUUCUGUAAUGACGGGUACCUGUGGAGCGGGGAUCAGUGCGUCCUGCCAGAGCACUGCGGUUGUGAGCACGACGGACGCUACCACGGGGUUGGAGAUUUUCUCUGGCUCGCUGAUUGCACCCAAAGGUGCAGCUGUGACUCCUCUGGUACUUUCAGGUGUGUCCCCGCCAGCUGUAACCCCGGCCAGCAGUGUGCUGUGAAGGACGGGAAGUUGGGCUGCCAGAGCCAGCUGAGCACGUGCACGGUGACAGGCGACCCUCACUACUUCACCUUCGAUGGGGCUGUGGCCCAUUUCCAGGGCACGUGCGCCUACGAGAUCUCACACACCUGCAACUCCUCCCUCGACUUCUCCUUCCGGGUGGUGGCCGCAAACAGGAAUUUCUGGAAUCCCCGGGUCUCCUUCAUUUACCGAGUGGAACUUUGGCUCAGAACUGGCCAUUUUAAUUCCCAUGUCGUUCUGGAGCGAGGCAAAGACGUUCUGGUUGAUGGGACAAAGACCCCUUUACCGGCCCAGCUGGGACCCGUGGCCAACAUCACCAGGGUGAAAAACAUGGUGACUCUGAAAGCAGGCGCCAACGUGGAGAUCCAGUUUAAUGGCCGCCAUGCCUUGUUUGUCCGUGUGGGCCCGGAGUAUCGGGAGCAGCUGUGCGGGAUGUGUGGGAACUUCAAUGGGGAUCGCAGGGAUGAUAUAAUCCUGCCCAAUGGGGAGAGAGCUUCGAACGACGCAGAGUUUGGGAAUGCCUGGACCUCUGACAUCAGCCCACCAAGGUGUAAGAAUGACACUGGCUUCACUGAGCCCUGUCCAGAAUUGUACGAGGUUGAGCAAGCGUGUGGGAUCCUAACGAACCGCACCGGCCCAUUUGCUGAGUGUCACUGGCACGAGAGCCCAGCCCCUUACUACGAGGCCUGUGUCUACGACCUCUGCCAGUACGGAUGGGGCAAUCGCAUGCUGUGCGCAGCCGUCGACUCCUAUGAAGAGAUGUGUGCUAUUCACGGCGUGAAGACCGGUCACUGGGGAGAAGUGACUGGAUGUGACACCACCUGCCAAGCCAAUAAUUAUUAUGACUUCUGUGGCCCUGCCUGCCCUGCCUCUUGUGCCAACCUUAGUGCACCCCUGCUCUGCACCGAGCCCUGCGUGGCGGGAUGCUUCUGUAGGGAAGGGUAUGUGCUGGACGCUGGACGCUGUGUGCCUGUGAGCCGGUGCGGCUGCACGUUGAAUGGUCAGUAUCACCAGCUGGGAGAGGAGGUGAUCCUGACAGACACCUGCAGCAGGAAGUGCAGCUGCCGACAGCCUGCCCAGCCCAUGCAGUGCCAGGAUCAUGCCUGUGGGGCUCUGGAGAUAUGUAAAGUUGUGGAUGGCGUCCGAGGCUGUUACCCUGUGAAGUUUGGCACCUUAUGGGUGUUUGGCCACCCCCACUACACCACGUUUGACGGAGUCAUGUUUGAUUAUCAAGGAGCCUGCAAGUACACCCUGAGCAAGUACUGUGGCCCCCCGGGGAGCCUCCCCGACUUCACCCUCAAAGUGGCGAACGAGCCGAAAAGCUCCAUUGCAGUGUCCUGGACGCGCCUGGUGGAGCUCGACGUCUACAGGGAGCGGAUUGCUAUAGCAGGGGGACAGUACGGCCAGGUGCAGGUGAACGGAUCCCUGGUCAAUCUGCCCAUGGUCCUUGCAUCAGGCAAACUCUACGCCUAUUUCAGCGGCUCGUCUGCUGUGCUCCAGACUGACUUUGGCCUCUCUGUGUCCUACGACUGGUCCCACUCUGUGUCGGUUUCUGUUUCUGAGAUCUACUUUGGGUCACUGUGUGGACUCGGUGGGGAUUUCAAUGGGAACCAGAGCGAUGAUUUCCGGACCCCAAACGGUUCUGUGGUUCCUGAUGCCGUCAAAUUUGGCAACAGCUGGAAGGAUGCUGACUCCCCUUUUCACUGCACGGCUGUUGGGCUCCCAGCCCAAUGUAAUGAAGUGGAACUAGCCCAGUACAGAUCUCAGCGCUACUGCGGGGUCAUCACAGAUACUACUGGGCCUUUUAAAGAGUGUAACCAGGCGGUUGCUGCUCAGAUCCACUUGGAGAGCUGCGUGAGGGAUGUGUGUGUGACUCGGGGCAGCCGCAAGACCCUGUGUCAAGUGCUUCGCAGUUAUGCCCAGCGGUGCCAAAGUCGUGGCAUUGCCAUUGAGCCAUGGAGACAGCGGGCUGCAUGCGGUAAGUAG